CUCUGUGUCCCUCGGGAUCUCCUUUCCCCUCCGACCGUCCCUUUGCUUCCCUUCCCUCCCACCACCACCAAGCGCUCCUCUAGCCUCAUCCUGCUCUUGCUCCAAUCCCUCAGCUGUCGCUCCUUGUUCCUAGUCCGAACGUCCGACUAGGUGACUAGCUGCAAUGGCUGCCGUCGCUUCCUCCAUGGCCACCGGCCUGUCCGUCAAGGGCCUGAACACCGCCUUUAUCGGCGGAAAGAGCCUCAGGUCGGCUGCUAAGCUGCCGUCAGUCGUGAGCGCCGCUAGGCUGGUCGCGGAGGCCCGGCAGGAGAAGGCCGUCAGCAGCUCGUCCGUCGCAUCCGCCGCGUCGUCCGUCGUCGAGGGGAUCUUCGGCGAGAAGGCGACGAGGCAGAUGCACUACUCGGCGAUCGUUGCGAUGAAUGCGAUGAUCGCGAUGCCGGCGUUCGCGGAGGAGGAGAAGGGCAAGAUCUUCGACUUCAACCUGACGCUCCCCAUCAUCACCGUGCAGUUCCUGCUCCUCAUGGUCAUCCUCGAUAACGUCUGGUUCAAGCCCGUCUCCAAGGUCAUGGACUCCCGCGACGAAGACAUCAGGAAGAAGCUGAUCGGCGUGAGGGACAACUCGGGCGAGCUGAAGGAUCUCCAGAGCCAGGCCGAGGCGCUGAUCAAGACGGCGCGCGCGGAGGCGUCGGGGAAGAUGAACGCGAUGAAGAAGGAGGUGGCGGCGGAGCUGGACGCGAAGCUGCAGGCGUACCGGGCGAGGAUCGAGAAGGAGCUCGAGUCGUCGCUCGCCAACCUGGAGACGCAGAAGCAGGCGACGCUCAAGAGCCUCGACUCGCAGGUGUCGGCUCUUAGCGACGAGAUCGUGAACAAGGUCAUCCCCUUCAAGGCGUGAAGCGGGGAGUUGUGAUACUUGAAUGUCUGGUGCAUUGCAUGUCCAUUAUAAGCCCAAAAUUCUGAUAAAACUGCAUACCACUCAUAGGUCACGCUGGUCCUGACGUC